CGACAUCUUCGUCAUCACUCGGAUACCAUCCUGGGUCUUCAUAUGUCUGAACGCGAGGGGGCAAUGGGGACGGCUCCCUAUGGACAACCUGUGGAUGAUGGCGGACACCGGUCUUUGUCAAUGCCAUCUUUAUUUCAGGGUCAGUGUGAGGGUUCAUGUAUUCUUUCAACUUGGCUAAUCUAUACAGUAUGGUGAAGUAAAGAUGAGGACAAUCAAGGAUCCAAAGAAGAAGCCUGAAAUAAGGCGACGGGGUGAGGCUGUGCCAAACACACGGGCUGAGGCAGUUCUAAACACAGUACCAGUUGAGGAGGACCAAGCAACUAAGUGUACACCUCCGAAAAAGCGAAAAACUACGAAAUCUCAAAAAGAUGAUAGCUUUAACGAGUCAGGUAGUGUUGUCGACAACCAAAGUGAUAUUGUAUCUGAGCGUAGCAGUGUUAUAGGUGAUGAUGAUAUUUCUGACAUUUCUUCGUAUAAAGGUACUCCACCAAAGAAAAGAAAUUACAACAGAAUAGUUGAAAAAAGCCCUGAAACUAACAUAGAAUUGAAUAACGAUGUUCAUAUAUCUCCUGCCGAAACAAUAAAAAUUAAAGAUUCACUGAAAUUAUCGCUAGAGAUGAAAUCGCCCCAAGAUAAGAAAACCACACCAGAAAAGAAAACGAAACCAAGAAAGAAAAACAAAUCUGGUGACUCUGUAUUGAGCGAUAUUCAUAGCAGUACACCCAAUGAUAUAACCCAGAAAAAGUCCCCUAAAUCUAAAAAACCUGUAAAGCAAAAGACAGAUUCUUCUGAGCCAAUAAGAAAUGGAGAAAUAAGUAUCACUGAAAAGAAGAAACCUGGACCUAGAAGAAAAGUAAAAUCAGAUGAUAUUGAGGAAAGUGUUCCUAAAAAGACUACUGGUAGAAAAAGAAAACUCUCAGGACCUCAGGGAGAACCUAAUGAUAAAACAGAAACAAAUGCUGUUAAAGAAUCAGGGAAGAAGACAACACCAACCAAGAGAUCAAAGAAACCAGUUUCAAAAACUAUAGACAAUGCUAAAAAGGAAGAGGAAAAACUUGUUGAAAAUUGUAAAACAAAACCUAAACGAGUGAGACCAAAGAAGGCCACGGCUAAACAAGUAAAUAAGGAGUUGGAAGAGAUUGCUGAAUCUAAGAAAAAGGAAGAGACUUCUAGGUUAGUGACUAAGGAUGAAGAAAAAGAUGAGAUUGCAGAAAAGCCAUCAGAUGAACCAAAUGACAACAUAACAGGUAUUAAAGAAUCAGUAAAAAGCAAUCAUCGCAUGCUUGAUUUAGAAACAGACAAUGAGCAGUCGGAUGUUGGAUCUGAGUUAGAAACAAGUUUUGAAAGUGUGAACAGUCACAGGACGGAUGGAGAUUCAGUACGAAAUAAGCCAGUAGAUAAUGACGAUGAAAAUGAUGAAGAGGAUGAGGAGGAUCAUGAUGAAAAUGAUGAGAAAAUGGGUGAUGAAAAGUAUGUAGAACAGAAAAUAAAGUGUGAGCAUUGUGGCUAUGUUUCUCGAAGUAAAGGUGGUCACACAAGGCAUUUACGAAAAUGUAAACCAGAGGAUUUAGGCUUGGAACCAGACACGUCAGCCAGGCCGAAAAUUCAUACUUGUGAACAGUGUGAAUAUUGUGCUCCGAAACGGGUCCUAGUUAUAAACCAUAUGAGGAUACAUGGUAUAUUUCAGUGCAAACGAUGCAAGCAUCGAGCAGACUCUGAAGAUACACUUAAUGAGCAUUCUGCGACAGAACACAAGGACAGAAGUGAUUGUAAGUUUUGUAAAAUGUGUAAUCGUUAUGUAAAAUGUAGCGAUGUUCCAUUAGAAAAACACAUGGAAGAAUGUCAGGGUCGAAUUCCGUUUAAAUGUCCAGAAUGUUCUAAAGAAUUCCAGUACGAGUCUUCGUUAAAGUGUCAUGUAGUUUCUCAUUAUCCGGAUCAACCCAAACUUUUUAGUUGUAAUCAGUGUGACUAUAAAUCGAACUACAAAGCUAAUUUGAAAAAGCACAUCCGUCAUAUUCAUGAACAGAGGGGGGAGAGGAACAUUAAGUGUACAGAGUGUGACAAACUAUUUUUUAGUGAAGACAAUAUGAAACGGCAUUUAAAACUCCAUUCUGAAGAACGGCCGUACAAGUGCCAACAGGAGGAAUGCGACAAAGCAUUUAAAACCGUAAAUGGUCUAAAAACUCACGAGGUCUCGCACCAAACCGACAGGCCUUUUCCAUGUGAGGUGGAGGGCUGUGAGAAAAGCUUCAAAACGAAGCGAAACCUCAUUUCUCAUUUGAACGAGACACACCAAAAUGCUCCGAAGAACUACAAGUGCGAAGAAGAUGGCUGUACAAUGGCUUUCUACAAGAAAUGUCACCUGGAGCGGCAUACAGAUGCUCAUAAAGAUAAUCGCACUCAUUUUUGCACAUACAUAACGUGCACCAAGGCUUUCAGAACUGCAGAGGCGCUAAAAGUCCACGCACUUUUUCACACUGACGAGAAACCACUGAAAUGCAAUCACUGUGAUUAUACAUGUCGCCAGAAAUCAUCCAUCAGGUUUCACAUGAAGAAAAAACAUCCGGAGCUAGUACCACCAGCUGAUCUCAAACCACCAAAAACUGCAAAGUCUUCGGAAAAACGUGCCAGUGCUAAGACUGAUCUGGAUCAAGAUUUAAAAAUUGAUCCAGAUGCAACAAUUAAAGCCGAGGUGAAUGAAAUAGUGACCGAAAACAGGGAAAACCAUUCUCCAGUGAAUAGUGAAAAACCGACUGGUAAAAAUGGUGAAAGCCAUGAACAAACUGAUAUGUCUGAAUAUGCAAUUAAAGAUAAAGAGAGAUUAGUUCAAAAUUCAUUAACAUUACCAUUACCAUUGAAUGAAGAUUUUGAGCAUCCUAUAGCAAUAAGUACACCAAUAAAAAAUGAUGAAAAUGUGCCAUUUAGUAGUAAACAGACUAAUAAAUCUAAAUCAGCCAGUCAAAAGACUUCUGGUACAGAUCCAUCCAAUGAGAUGAAUGAGGGUGUGUCAACAUCGGCCAAUGAAAAGUCUCCUAAGAAAGCAUCAGCCAAUGAGGUGUCGCUUGACAGAGCAGUGCUCAGUGAGCUUCCCCCAAGAAAGGCAAAGAAAACUGACAUGUAUGAAUUCCAAAGUGAGGAAGAAUCAGGAGAUGAAAUGAAACCAGGAUUGUUGCGGAAAGGUUACGACAAAGACAAGCCACCUCUCCCUCGCAUCGAUACCAAUCUACUGCCAGACAUAGAGCUACCUCAAGCUGAAGGUAAACCAAAGAAAGAGGUAGUGGAAAAACCUAAGAAAGAACGCAAAAAACCAGGACCAAAACCUAAACCUAAAGUUGAAAAGCCUGAAAAACCAGAGAAAGAAGUCAAAGAACCUGAAGUUUCUGAUGCUAAAAAGCCUAGAAAAAGAGGUAGAAAAAGGAAAAGUGAGAUAGAACCAGAAGCAGACAAAACUGAGGAAGCAAAUGAAGAUGAAAAGAAGGAGAAAGGUGUUGAUGAAGAGGUGGAAGAGGAGGAGGAAGUGCAAAAAGAAACUGGUAAAAAGGCUGAGAAGAAGAAAACUGGAAAACGAGGAAGAUCUCCCAAAGGAAAGAGAGGAAAGUCUCCAAAAAAUAUUAAAGUUGAUGAUGAUGAUGAUGACGAUGAUGAUGAUGAGGAAGAGGGGAUGCCUGUUAAGAAGAAGAGAGGAAGGAAGCCUAAGAAAGAUAAUUCUGGGAAUACUGGGGAUAAACAGGAGAAAGUGCCGAAGAAAAGAGGGCGUAAAUCUAAAGCUGAGAAACAGGCACUGUUGGAAAAAGACAUUGAGCCGGAAAAUGGUGAUGCUACAAUUAACUAUAGUGAAGUGGAAAGUAGCGAACUCUUUGGGGAUAGUAAGGAUAGUAUUGCUGAUCAGUUUAGAACUGGUAAUGUUUCGGAUAGCAAUACUAAUGUUGUGAAGGAGUUUACUGUUGAAUUAAGUGAGAAGCAAAAUGAGAGUGAAGAAUUGAAGAGUGAAAAUGACGAAAGUGGGUUGAGUAAAGCUAAAAUUCUUGAUAAAAGUGAUGAAAAGCGAACAAGUAGUAGUGAAAGUAGUGACAUUGGGUCAGAUUUUGAUGAAGAUCUGAAACCCCCUCCUGCUCCAAGACCACCCCCUAUGUAUGAUAGUGAAGAUGGUGACAUAGAGUCAGGGCCCGAAAAUGAGGACUUCAAUAUUUCAGCAAUGAGUAACGAGAGAGUUAGAGACUUCGAAUCUUCGAGAGAAAUCUCUCGUGAGAUCUCAAGGGACUUUGAAAGCUCGCGUGAAAUUGAUGAUAGCGUUAAGACUGUGAGUGAUCAUGUUCAUUCUGUCGACACCUCCACACCCAAAGAGCAUAUUCAUAGCGUUGGAACACCCGCAUCGGUUAAUCCGUACAGGAACGAUUCUGUGAAUAACGAACUUGAGCAUAUUCAUAGCGUUGGGACUCCCGCUUCAGUUAAUCCGUAUAGAAACGAUUCUGUUAAUAAUGAACAUGAGCAUAUUCAUAGCGUUGGGACUCCCGCGUCAGUUAAUCCGUAUAGGAACGAUUCUGUUAAUAAUGAAUAUGAUAAUCCAUUAUCUCAUCCAGAUAAUCCAUUAUCACACCCUGAUAAUCCAUUAUCACACCAAGAUAAUCCAUUAUCGCACCAAAGUCACCAUAGCAGUGUUCCGCAUACCCCAUCUCACGUUAGCGUUCCUACUACACCCGCCACACAUGAAUACCAAGAAUCUCGCAGCAUUGAACCUCGAAGCAUUGAACCACGUCAAACCACCGACCGUAUUAUAAAAAAUCCAGUCCAGGGACAAACUAAUGAUGAAAACACAGAUGAAAGUUCAAUGCCUGAAGUUGAUAAGGAUUAUGUUGGUAGAUUCUUUGAAGAAAUACAGUGUAACUCAGUACCUGAGAUUACCAGAAUGAAUAGCGUUGAGGAAAGUAAGACCCCAGGUAAAAUCGUGGAGAAUCCACAAAGUGACAGCGGAGUACCAUCAUCGCUCAAUUCAAAUCAGACUGACUCAAGCCUUCAGAUGCAAUCUCCGCCCGCUGACCUGUCAAUCAAACGCAUGGAGAUGAUGUCGCCAGAAAGAGUACCGCCAGAUUAUGUACCAAGAAGCGAGAGCGCACAUAAUCGUUCCUCAGACAGAAUCCAGGGUGUGCCGUCGUAUGAUUCGCAAUUUACUUCACAAAAUCCUCUAGAGCCUUAUAAUCCACCUUUAGUAGCUCCUACUAGGGAGACUAUUCUUCGACAACCAGAAUCAAACAAGCCGCCGAGUCCUUCAAAUCCUGCCACUAACUUUAUGAGGUUCGCAGAGACACAACGGCUUCCCACACCAUAUGAUCGCAAUCUUCAAAACUUACACAGAAUUGCUGAAGGGCCUCUGCCUCAGCAUAAUAGCUCCUCCCCACUAUUAAGGCCAGUACCAGGUAGGGACGACGUAUUUCCGGGAGCAACAGGAGUUGCGGGAUCAAUGGCAAGAAAUCCUUUCCAUAGUUCAUGGGCUGGACAAGAUGUGCGGCCGGCGCAUUGGGCUCAUCCAACCUACCUUCAGCAACAACCGGGUUCGACAUCUUCCUCAUUGUUCGGUAAAGACACAUACCUACCUGGACGGGAGUUUAUGUUUGAUCCAUCUAGGGCGGCUGAGCGGAAUAUGUUCACGGGAUUAGCUGCCCCACCCUCCCACACUCAGAGGCCGGAGAUACCCCAUGACACUUUCCAGUUUGAUAGGUUUGACCUGGGAAGCUAUUUCCCACCAUCUUUACCAGUGGAUUAUACCCGUAGCGCCCAUAGUACCAGUCAGAAAACACUAGACGAACGAUACAGGCAGACUGGUUCAAGUGUUUCGGAUUAUCGUACUUUACCACCAACCUCAACAGGGUCGGACAUGUUCGGUGUAAAUAGUUCAUUCAAUUUGGAGAAAUUUUAUUCUAGUGACAAAUUCUAUUCACGCGAUCCCAUGUAUCAUACACAGCAUAUCUCAGACAAUGCCGCUAAUCCGUUUUUACCUGGAAUGCCAUCCCAGCAUUCAAUGUUUGGUAGAGAAUAUGCGGCAGCCCAUCGUGGUUUCUACCCGCAGAAUCCUGGCUAUCCAUUCAUGAAUAUGAACGAUAAGAACUAUUCUGCUGCUGCUGCAUCGUCAAAGUUGGCAGCGCAUUCUACAAAUCCUGUCAGCCAGCAGCGGGACUUAAUGUCCGUUCCACGUCCAAACGUAGGAUCUGCGGAAUCACAGCUACAAGACCCAUACAGGCAUCAUAGCUCUAUGUUGUAUAACAUGAUGAACAAAUACUUUUGAAAUCAAUGUGCUUUAGUAAUGCAGCUAUAUAUGUAAAAAAUAACUGUAACCUUGUGUUUUAAGGCUGACCUAAAAAAAAGGUUUGUUUCUGGUUACAUGCUCAAAAAGAUUAUGGUCGGUAGGUGUUGUUUUUUUUGUGUAUUUUUGAUAUAUAAGGCAUAUUAAAUUGCUGACAAAGGGCAUUUUUAAUUGUCAUAUGGAAAAAAGAACUGCUGCACUGUCUGAUGCUGAAAAACAAUCUUGUUGUGAAAUUAGCAAAUGCCAUAUUUGGUCGAAUUCGGUAACCAAGAACAAACCUAUUUUUUAUGCCUCUGUAGUUGGUUGUUAUAUUGAUGACUUAUCAAGUUGAGCAUUUAUGUUCAUAAGUAUUAAGCAAAUACUUAAGUAUCGCUGUUAGUGUUUUGUUAAAAAAACUUGUUUGUUUUUCUUACUCAAUAUAUUGAACAAAUUUAUGUAUUCAAUGUGUGUGAUUGUGAAAUUUGUUAAUUUUGAUUAGGGAAUGUAACUCUCUUCAAGCCUAUUGUGUAAAGCUUGUUUGGAUUAUCUCCCUUGAAUUAAAAACCAUAACGCACCAAACAUGCCUAGCAAAAGGCAUAAAAAGUCAUGUUUUACUAAAAAGUAUAUUGAAAGAAUGUUUGGAUAUUGGUCCAAAAUCUUUUACCAUGGUCAGUAAAGUGUGAUCUCAGUGAUUUUAAUAGAAGUACGUUUUUUUUGUGAGAAAAUAGAGAGAUUGUGAAUCACUACUUGUACGAGUUUGAGUGAUCUACUAUAUAAGGGUUACGUCCUCAUAGUUUGUGUACACUAAACAACUCUAAAAUGGCAUUUAAAAAACCCCACAAGGGAAGUGACUUUUAAUUGUCAGCUUACAUUGAAAAGAGAAUUUUGCAAACUAUUUUUUAACUGAGCUGCAACUUACAUUUGUAUAUGUUUAGCUACACAUACAAGGUCACGUACACAGUGUGGUUUGCAAUCUGUUCUCAAUCUGUGUAUGUGUAGCUACACUUACAAGGUGUGUAUAUGACUGUAGCUACACUUACAAGUAGACGUGCACAUUGUGGUUCACAAUCUGUGUAUAUGUAGCUACACUUAUAAGGAGACAUACGCAUAGUGGUUCACGAUCUGUGUAUGUGUAGCUACACUUGCAAGGAGACAUACACAUAGUGGUUCACAAUCUGUGUAUAUGUAGCUACACUUGCAAGGAGACAUACACAUUGUGGUUCACGAUCUGUGUAUGUGUAGCUACACUUAUAAGGAGACAUACACAUUGUGGUUCACGAUCUGUGUAUGUGUAGCUACACUUGCAAGGAGACAUACACAUAGUGGUUCACAAUCUUUGUAUAUGUAGCUACACUUGCAAGGAGACGUACACAUUGUGGUUCACAAUCUGUGUAUAUGUAGCUACACUUACAAGGAGACGUACACAUUGUGGGUACAAUCUUUGUAUGUGUAGCUACACUUGCAAGGAGACAUACACAUAGUGGUUCACGAUCUGUUUAAGUUUAGCCACACAAACAAGGUCACUGUGUUUUGUAAUCUCUCUUAUAUUUGUCUGUCAUACAAACUGUCCUAUAUAUAUGUACUGUAUAUAUAUAUAAUAAAUGUAAACUUACAUGUACUAAUACACGAGACUGAAAACGAAACAACACUUGUCAAAUUUAUAAGUAUUGUUACUUGUUUUGAAUGUUAAACUAUAAGUGUAAAUUUAUAAGCAAUACGAACAAAAAGUACCGCAUCAGUACUUAAGUGUUUUUGUUUUAAGUGUGCAAGUGUUAUAAAAGAAACAUUUUGUAGUUAAUUGUACAGUGUAAAUUAGGUUAGAAAUUUUUGUGCAGACAAAAAUGUAUUAUUAACAGAACAAAGUAUUUUUUGUUACAUUUAAAUAUGUUACCUGGUGCAAGUGUGUUUUAUGAAUAAUUAGAUUUCUGUUGUAAAUAAAUAUGUUUGUUUUACCAAAGUUGUACAUUAAAAUGCCAUAUAAUUGUUAAUAAUGCUGCUUUUCAUGUGAAUCUGUUUUUUAUUACUACAAAAUAUAUAAAAGUGUAGAGCGCUACGUUGAUGUUUUUACUUGUACAAAUUUUAUAAUGAAACCAUUUUAGUGUUGUAACAAUUUUAUUGGCAUAUUUUUAUCGAUCAAACUCUGAAUAUACAUGUUUUAUAAAUGAGUUUAUUUAUUUAAUUAUGUUAUUGCUUAAACCACUUUGUAAAUUUGUUCUCCUGUUUCGGUUGUAAAGAAAUAAAUGCAUCCAUAUCGUAAUGUUCUUCGAUAUUGUUGAUUUUAUCAUGAUUGACGAUGUUCGUGUUGUUUAAAUUCAUGUUUAAGACAAAAAUAUUUAUCACAUCUUGUUGUGUAUUAUUAUAUUGUGUAUUGUAUAUAAUUAUUUUACAAAAAAAUCUGAAAAAAUUCAAGACACUUUUUAUGAUCUUUUACUGUUACUUACAUAAUUCUUUCUCAUUAAAUGUGUGCCAAAAAAUGAGGGCAAUUCAAGAAAACCAGGUCCCAGUUUCAAUAACGAUCAUAAGGUUUCAUAUCGAAUAUAUGCAGGCUUAACUCUGUCUAUGGCACAAACUGCUUUUCAGUAAGAGUAUUGUUAGGACAUUUAUCGCAAAGAUUCUUUCUCUUACUUUAUGGGUGUCAACAGGCACUCUUUAGCAGCGUAAAGCUUAUGACUUAGAUAUCUUAUUAAAAUGGGGUCCUGUUUUGUAUUUAAUGAUUAAGGUUGUGUACUGUUUCUUUUAAAGAAAAAAGUCUGGGUAUUGUGGUAGCCUUCGUCUUGUCGUUGUCAUCUUGAUGCAAAAAGUUGAAGCUGAGCCAUAUUCUCUAAUAUGAGCCAUUAUACUCUAAUUUGAAUGAAACUUGGUACACAUGUUUCCAGAGACAAUAUGCAUAUGUGUAGUAAGGCCAUUAACUCUUGCUUUAAUAAUUGUCAAGUUACAACCCUUGUUUGACUAAAGAAUCACAACAUAUUAACGUUUGCAUUCACUCCGUAGCACUCUUGUUGGAACAACUCGAUGAAUGUUUAAUUAAUCAUUGCCAGAUUUCAUCAACCAGCUUAUCAUACAUACUUUGGAUUCAAAUGUAAAGGGACAGGUAUUAUAUAAGAAAAUCUAUGACUGAUUUUUGAUUCUUUACAUAAAAUGGUUGUAUUUUUAAAAAAUGGUCCGAUUGUUCAGAGCUUUGUUGAAGUAAACAUCAUCGUUGUUUCCUUUCAAAUACUGCUCAGGAAAUUUAACAGAUACACUUGUGAUCUGCAGUAGGUCUAACAAUAUUUGAGACAACUGUUUUAGCAGUACUUGUAUCUCAUUAUUUGAGCAUAUCAUCAAGUAUUUAAAAGUUAACAACAAUGUCAUUAACCAUGUUGUUAACUUUAUAAAAGUUAUGUACAAUCGACUCAUAGUUUGACUGCUAAUUUUAAAAGACAGUUUAUUUGAACAAUUUGACAAUGUGACACUUAAUAUUGAAGUUAUAUUAUACAUCUUAAGAGACAUUUUCAGACAUUCAUUCAUAAGAGGGCCUGGGUGUUUGUAUUUUUUUUAUUGAAAUAAUUUUGAACUGGUUAUCUUGACGGAUACACAUAUUUUAAAAUUCUCAUUCGGCUAAGUACAUCUUAAAAGAUCAUAAAAUCUGUGUUUAACCACAUAUGGGUAAAAGUUAUUUUUGUGAACUUACAUACAUCUUUAUUCUAUGUCUAUUUAGUUAUUGUAAACAAAUUUCAAAAUUUCUUAAGUUCUUUUGUCAACUUCAAAAGGGUGAAAGACUGUGAUAAAGCUGUUACUACAUACAGUCUCUACUAUGUAUCCAAAUUUUUAGCUGGUCUGUUCAAAGGUAAAAAAAAAACCAAUUGUUAAAAACUUUGUUAAAGUUAACAAAAUUGUUAACAUUAUCAUUGUUAACCUGUAAGUCGUUUUUGUACUAUUUGUAUCAACCUUUGACAGCGCUGUUUAAGCUGGACAUGUUUUAUUCCUAUUAAGCACAUUAUCAACUAUUUGACGUUUCAAAGUUAACAUCGAUGUCGUUAAUUACUUUGUUAACUUUAACAAAUUUCUGGACAAUUGGCCUAUUUCGUUUCCGAUUUCUUGACAUACUUUAAACCGUUACCCAAUCAUAAUGAUUUAAUUGCAAUCUCUCUUUGUUUCCCAACCUUUCCUAAACCCUUACCCAAACAUAAUUUCCUUAAUUGCAAUCUUUCAUUGUUUCAAGUUUUUGGUAGUUUUUUAUUCGAAAAGACACCUACCAGUAUAUAUUUAGUUAAGUGAUCUAGUUAACGUUAACCUAGACCAAAUGGCACUAUUUUGAACUGCGCUUAACUAAAAUAAGUCCAAACCUUCCUGGUAACCCUAUAAACUUUGAAAUUGGAAACAACAAAAUAUUAAUUUUUGGCUAUACAGAUUUCCAAGAUUCCUUUAUCCUAAAAUCAGAAUUACUUUUGAAAUAAAACAGUCUGAGGAAUUCUGAUUUUCAAGCACAAGUCUGAAUUUCUUUCUUCGUUAAAACAUUAACAACCAGCGUUUGUCUUGCCUUUUGAGAGCAUCAGCUUUUGUCAGACAUUGUUUCUUGAUUCAUUAAAAUAUAAGUUUAAAGACCUUCAUUUGAUUCUCCUAAUUAAAAAAUGAUCUCAGUUUUAUUCAAUCUCGGUGCCUGACCAUUGUUGUUCAGCGUCAAUGGAAAUCUGAACAUGUUCUACUUCCAUGAUCAUGCUGGAAGCAAAGUACUCUUGUAACAGUUCUUGUGAAUGGCUUAAAAUCUGUUUCAGCCUAUUUGCAAACCGGUAUCAAUGAUAUUGAAAUUAACAUCAAAGUAUGCAAUCGUUAAAAAAGCGAAAUGGAGCUUUUUGGUAAAGGCUUAUUACCAUAUUCUGCUCACACUUGUGUGUACCCAUACAAUAAGUGUUUCACAAACUCCCUAUUAUUAUUGUAUUCAAGUAAACAUAGGUGGGAGAUCGUGUUGUUAAACCUUUAAAUGAUAAAGAAUGUAAAAAUAUUUGAUCUGCUAUUUUGUUUGUCUGGAAAAAGUUGAGAUGUUGUCAUAGCUUUUGGUGUUGUUGUCGGCAGCGCACAAAAGCUUAAACCUUAGCCAUGAAUAAAAAAUGUUUGAGAUAUUAAUAUGAAAUUUGGUAAACAUGUUCAAGAGACAAUGGGCCGAGGGACAGUAUUCAAUAUUAUUCUUAUCCUUAGAUACGCAUCAGUGAUUCCAUUCAAUCUAUUGGCUAGCUAUUUUUACAGUCCAAUCAAAUGCUUGGAUUUUACUAUUAAACUUAAGUUUAAGAAACAGAUGAGC